AUGCUCUUCUCUCGAGUAACCUUUGCCUGGGCAAACAUGUUCUGCUUUACAAAAUCCUGGAAAGCCUCCUCAUCCGCAUCAGGUGGCGCACAAUCGACAGCUUACCAGGCCACCAGUGAAAUUAUUUCAAAAUACGCCAGCGUCUCGCCGAUGACUCCAUCAAACCCUGGAAAGAUGGAAGAUACCGCGCCGGCUAAACCCAGCUUAGCAGAUCUACAGGCAGGGCAACCAAUUCUAGAUGUUGUCGUAGCCGAGAUGCACUUUGGGAUAUCUUUCUGCAGAGACUACUGCGGCAUUGAAAACAUACGGGGCCAGUAUCGUAUGGUGUUUACCGCUCGUUUUCAGAAUCUCCCCAGCAAGAUUCAUCUCAUAUCCUGCCCACAAUUUAUUCGUGCACCUAAUCUGACCCCUAAGGGCCGGGAGUUACUUCGAAUCAAACUUGACGCUGUUUUGGACCGUAUACCAAAAGAGGAGUGGGAAAAACUCAAGAGUUGUUACAACAUUACCAGAAAGGAGUGGCUCAUUGUUUCUGAUGUGUCGGAAGAGCAAGUGGUCUAG